AUGUUUGGAAAAGGAAAUCUCGUCAUCAAGUCUGAGCUGAGUUGGGAAAGGUGGUGGAUUCUUGCUGCAAUCUAUGGCUGGACAGACCCCAGGCUGUCUGACGCAUUGCAUGAGUUCGAUCGGCAGUUUGGAAAGCCCGUCAAAGGCUUGGCCUACCCUGGCGCUCCACCAAAGCGCCAUGUACCAUCACUAUCAGAUGAUGAUAAUGUGCCGGUCCCGAUAACUCCUGCGCAGCCGGAUAAGCCAAAGAGGAAGAAGAAGAAGAAGAAGAAGAACCAGCGCAUCAUUGGUAACGAUUCUCUUGCGACUGCAGACAUGGCAACUUUUGGUGGCCAUCUGGCAGCACUUCCGUCAGACAUUGUUGGUGAUGCCGCCAGCGCAGCGAGUCAUGAAACAGAGUUCCAGCUGCUGGAGGGAAGAUUCACCUUUGAUGAUCGUCAGGCCUGGGGGUUUCCCUAUGCAUCAUCUAAUUCAACAAAGAAGUUCACUUAUGUCCCAACCGGCAGUCCAGGAUCGUACCCAAUCGCAAGUUCUUACACCAAGCCUGGCCACACAAACGCCUAUCAUCCAUCAUCCGUCCAUAACCCGGCUCCCAAGUCUGACACCGGCUCAGCUGCUGACCGUUUCGGCAAAUUAGCUCUGGAUCUUGUCACCGAACCAGCUGUUGAGCCCAUCACCGAACCAGCUGUUGAGACCAUCACCGACCUAGCUGCCAAUUAUGUCACCGAGUCAGCUGCUAAACAUGUCACUGAGCCAGCUGUUGAGCCUGUCGCCGACAAGAAUCUCCAGAACCCCGUUGAGUCAAUCCAGACAGCGACUGUUAUAAAGGAAGGCAAAAAGACCAACGACAAUCCUAAUGAAGGAGUUUAG